AUGUCCUACGGAUUCGAGAAGAAAGAUGACCAGUUCAGGGAGAAAACAACAGAGAAGGUGGAGCGGAUCGUGCUGCAGACAGAGGUGGUAUCUUCCCAACAAGAAAAGGACCAGGACCAGCCUGAGUUGAAGUUGGCACAGCCAGAACAGUCUCACCACCAGCCUGACAACAUGGAGAACCAGGCAGAGCAUCAGACUGGGCAGGUAGAGACAGACUCACUGGAAGGGAUAGAGGACGAUAGGCCUCAGUUCUUGCUGGGGUUUACAGGGCUGAGCAUGCAUGAUGACCACUCUGACGACUCAGACACGCCAAGCGACACUAGUGACGCCACUAGCGUAGCCUCGGCGGGGCCGGCCCUGACUGCCGCAGCCAAGGCCGCCGUGGACAAGGCUAUAGGGGCGGCGGUGAAGCAGGCGGAGGCCGAGGAGAAAACUCCAGCCCCAGGCUUGGGUGGAAGCCUAGGCCUUGGGCUGGACAGUCAGUCAGAGGGAGAGGAGUCAUCAGGGUCAGUCUCAGAGGAGGAAGCGGAGAAGGAGAACAGCCAAGACUGGAGAGGGUGCUUCGUGCCCCCCUCCCCCGUGCACACCUCUCCUAUUGGAGUGUCCUGGCAGAGUCUCAGUGGGGAGGUAGCUGCUGCAAGGGCUCACUCGGAGUUGUUUGUGCUGGAUGCUCCAGAGGUCCUGACCUUUAACAGGGCAGACGUGGUCGAUGUGACCCAGCAGGUCCCUGUAAUACACACGGAAAUGAAAACUGUCACAUACCAGUCACUAGAGGCUGACGCUGAUCCCGAGGCGGGGGUGUUGAUGAGCGCCCAGACCAUCACCUCAGACACCACCAGCACCACCACAACCACACAUAUCACCAAGACUGUGAAAGGAGGCAUCUCGGAAACCAGGAUCGAGAAGAGAAUCGUAAUCUCGGGUGAUGCAGACAUUGACCAUGACGAGGCCUUGGCUCAGGCCAUAAAGGAGGCCAAAAAGCAGCACCCUGACAUGUCAGUGACCAAAGUAGUGGUCCACAAAGAGACUGAGAUCACGCCUGAGGAGGGCGAAGAGUGACCGCAGGUGUGACGGGUCACCGGGUUCACCAACGUUUCGGGAGCAUUCUGUUAACGUUACUUCACGCUGUUCAGAGUACGGGACACAAGCAGGAUAGUGGCGUUGCCAACAGACAGCACCCCACUGUAGCAGACACUAAUACUGCAUCCAACCACUACUGAACUAACCUCAUCCACCCACACUCCCUCACUCACUCACCAUCACUACUGGCAAACACAGACCUCCAAAGCUACCUUCAUAGGAGCAUGUAUACUGCAUGAAAAGGGAACAAUUCUGCAUUUUUGUAAAAGAAAAAAUAACAAUAUAUCAAAAGUUCUACAUGUUUUACUUGACCUGUAAACUCAGACUCAAAGGUUUAAGAAUGUAUGUGAUGAGAGUUAAGAUAGUAUAGAUCAUUAUGUUGUAUUUAUUAUCAAACUGCUCACUUGGAAACAUGUAUAAUAGUAGGCUAUGAUGGCACAAUAUUUAUCCACGCAAUAGAUGUGGCAUUCAUCUUGUCAGAAGUCCCCUUAUUUAUCCCAAAUGCUGAUUUUAUCCAAUUUUACAAAGAGUAUUCCCUUUAAAAAGACAACAAUAAUAUCUAUGGUACUGGUACAUGCAUUUGCUUAGUAGGUCAUCCAUGCUCAAAGAUGAUUUUGUUGUUUUUACUUGUAAAUAUGCUUAUUUGGUUUUCAUUAAUUACAAGGUGAGGAUGAGGAUGAUGAGGCAAAAUAUUGUAGAAGCGUUAGUUAGCAGGAAAAGUUCAACAGACUCCAUUACUGUGACCUCUGAGGUGAUUAAGAAACCCCUUAUUAUACAGUAUGUGUCUUCACACUGUGGAUUAUACUUUCUUGUUGGCUUGUAUCUGAAAUUAUACCCUAUUCCACAUGGGCUCUGGUCAAAAGUAGUGUACUAUAUAGGGAAUAUGAUGCAAUUUUAGAUACAUAAUUGUUUAGACACAUUCUUAAAGGAAAACUCCACCCAAAAACAAUAUUUUGGUAUGUGUUUCAUUAGUCCAUUGUUGACACAGUCCCAACAUGUUUUGCUUGUCAGCAAUCAAGUUUUCAACAUAUGUAACUUUGAAAAUACAGAAAUCAUCCCUAUAUGAAACAUUUUGCAUCACA